CACUCACUACAGUACUGUACUCUACACUUACCGGAUUGCUGCUGUACCGGGGAAUAGGAAGAAAAGUUAAUCAAUCCCGCAAUCAAUCUCAAUCUCAGCACAGACCGCAGAAGAAAAAGCAUUGUUCACGUCGCCCAACGUGGGACGAAGAUACAGUAAGUACUUACAAGGAUAUUAGGACACUGACCCUAGGUACGAUGGACAAUUUGCAACCACCUGAUCUGCAAAUCUCCAUCAUCCCACGACAUCCAGAUGUACAAUAUCCCCACUAUCGAAAGCAAAAAAAAAAAAACUUUUCAUCUCUUCUCUUUUCAUGCUGCAUAACACAUCACAUCACAUCACACACAUCCUCCCCGUCCGACAUCGCUACCCCCCCCCCAGCCCAGCCCUCUCCUCUUCUGGCCGUCGACCGUCGAGCGUUGUUGCCCGGGACUCGGGUCGGGCUGCCCACCAACCUCCACCUUUCCAUCUGCAAGAGCGUGAGCACGGAACGCUGGACGGUCAGUGGGACCUCGUGGCCAUGGGCAGGGAAUCGCAUCCUCUUUUUUUUUUUUUUGGUGUUUGCGCCUUUGAUUUUUUUUGGUUUGUUUUGUGGAUUGGACCCUCAUAUAUGAUUAAGAUGUGAUGUUGCGAUGUGAGACAUACCCGCAUCCCAAAGCUGCGGUUCUGGGAUUCGGGGAUCAAUGUGUGACCGAACGCCUCUUAUUUGGUUCGAUGGCUCGUAGGCUGGUUAGUGGUGACGUAGCGUCAUCAUAAAUACUACUUACUUACUUCCUCGAAACUCAAAAUCAAUA